UUUGCCCGCUUGUCAGCUGCACGCGACGUGCGGCGUUGAUGUUUGCUAUGUGGAAGACGAUGACAACACAACGCCACGGACGUUAUUAAUCGUUUCUUUACAUAACUGGAACUGAACUAGUGUUUUGUUUUUUUUUUUUGUUUUACCACAGUGACCAGUACAUGAGGCUGCCUUUCGUUUGGCGCUCUUUUGUGAACUCUUCGAAAGUGAAUGGCCUGAGCGGAGAGCGACAUGAGUUGGGCCGAGGACGACUGGACCGUGGGCUUGUCGGGUCGGGUUCUGCAAAAGGUGAAGGAGCUGCAGAUCCACCAGGAGCGUCUGUCCAGGGAGAACAAGCAGAAGCAGCUGCAGCUGGACAACAUCCAGAUUAGCUACGAUAAACAAACGGCGAAGUACGAGGAGGCGCGCGUGGAGCUCCAAGCGGCGCACAGGGAGCUUCAAAGUGUCCGCGAGGAGGUCAAGUCGGCCGUGACCAGCGGUCAGCGCCUCGGCCAGGAGCUUCAGACCAAGCAGGCCCAAGUGUGCUCGUUGGAAGGCCAGUUGGAUGCCGCCCGGACCCUCGGCAACAAACUCACACAGGAAGUGAAAAGGCUUGAAGCAGAACUCGAGAAGUUGCACAGGUCAGCGGACACCACUCCCUUCUCGACACCCUGCUGGAGCGCUACCUCGCCCUGGGAUCACCACGGGAGCCGAAAUGAGGAUAGGACAAGCCCGAGAGAGGAAGCUGAGAGCCGGUCCCUCCGCAUCCGACAGCGGCUCCCGUUCUCAGAGACUCCCUCCACACCGUUGCCGCGGCAACUCAAGACCACGCCCCGCAGCCACCCGUCCGACCAAUCGGACUCUUUUGCCGCUCCUCUGGCAGUGUUUCCGUGGGAGCGCGACGACCCGGGGCCCGGAGCCAAGAGACCAUCUCCAUCUUCUCCCCAGACGCCAUGUGGCGACAUCGUCCAUCACGGCCAAUCACGGCAGGAGGCUUCAGAGGGCGAGCGAGAGAUCAGAGCGCAAACGGAAACGUCUUUGUCCCGAAUGCAGCACCGCAUAUCAUCUUUGGAGGAAGAGCUGAGUGGAAAAAACGAGUUCCUGAAGUCUCUCCAGCGUGACACGGAACAGAGCAAGAAGAAGAUGGCCUCCAGCGAGCUCGGCCUGCAGAGGGCGCACAACGAGCUCAGCGCAGCUCGCACGCGGAUAAGCCAGGAGAGUGAACGGGCCUCGGUUGCUGAACUGAGACUGAAGCAGAUUCAAGAGGAGCUCAAGUGUCAGAGGCAGAACGCCGAGAGCGGUCGACUGCAGCACCAACAACGCACGAAGGAGCUGGAGAAGCAACAUCAGAGGGACCUGCUGGAGCUGCAGAAGGAGAAACAAGGCAUGGAGAAGCAGCAUCAACAGGAGGCCAAUAAACUCAACCAGGAGCUCCAGCAGGCCAGGACGCUUCACAAUGGCCUGCAGGCUCAGGUUGACAAGCUGUCUCUGCAGAAGCAAGCCCUGGAUAAAGAGUCGGCGUCCUUGAAGGAACAAGUGAAGUUCAGCGAGAGACAGCUGCAGGAGAGUCAGAAGAAAGAGAUUCAAAUCCAAGCCAAACUCCAGGACGCCGUGCGUGAUGCGGAGGGCGCGGCGCUAAGUCUGGAGCAGAGCAAGAAGAGAGAGCGGGCCUUGGAGGAAGAGUCAAGUAGGCUGGAAGAGCAGCGAGCCGAUGCUCUUCGCCUCCUCAAAGACCUGCAAGAGCAAAAAGCGACCCCUCCUCAUGCCGAUACACCGACAGUCCACGUGUCUCCUGUUGGACAACCUUUCUCUCCUCCUACUCCAUCUCCAACAUACACCAAGAGGCCCGUCACCCCCAGAGUAGAGCAAAGAGGGGGCAAACAAGAGGAACAGAGUCCGCAGAUUGUUGCCUCUUACCCCCACGACCGAGAACCGGGAGAAGGCAUCGACUCCGAACACAUCCUAACAGACUCCGAGCGUCCCCACAGAGAAGGAAACCACAAGGAGAAGCAUUCUAACGACCGAUUCAUUCUUGAUUCCCUCACGUCUGAACACUCCGUAGCCGCCGACGACCUCCAGAGGGAGAACGCCGUGUUGCGUUCCGAGCUGCGUGACGCGCGCGAGGAGCUCCAGAAACGACUGGAGGACCUGGAAGCCCAGCGUCGAGCCGAAACGGAGGCCGGGACGCGUCUGAAACAUCUGAGCCGCAAACACAGCGGCCAGGGCAUGAUUGACAGAGACGAGCAGGAGAAGCCGUGGAGGACUCAGUUUGAGAAGGAGAAAGCUGAGAGCGAGCGCUUGAGGAAGGCCCUCGCCGCUUUGGAGACGGACGUGGAGAGACGCGAGGACGGGCGUGCUCAGGAGGAGCGGGAGACGGAGAUGAUGCAGUUGAACCUCCAGCUGAAGGAGCAGCUCGGCCAGGUGAAAGUCCACUUGGCUUUAGAGCGAGAAGGUCGGGAGCAGGAGAAAGCGGAGCUGACUCGAAUCACUGCAACAAAGAGAGAAUUGAACAUGAAAGUGGAAGAACUUGCCGGCGAGCUUGCUGAACUGCAGCGCAGCAGACACGAAGAGGAGAAACACUCCGGCGGUCUCACGCUCCGCCGACUCGACUCCAACGUCAACAAACUCCCGUUGCCGGAGCAACACGUCCUCUUCUGCCAGGCCGCAAACCGGCACGACGUGACGGCGGAUCUCAUCCAAGAGGAGCGCACGACGACUCGCUCCGACCUCCAGAAGGAUGAGUCGGACGUCUCGGACCUCAAGCAGGAGAUUGAACGACUCAGGAAGGAAAAUGCGCAGGAAACGGAGCGUGCUGAGCAGUCCCAAGUGAAACUGACCGCCCUUCAAAACCAGCUGACCGGUCAAACCCAGCAGCUAACUCUCGGCUUCGAGAAGCAGAGCCAGUACAUCACCGCGCUUCUCGCCGAGCUUCGGGAGAAGGACCACGCCCUCCUCAGCCAGGCCGAGGAACUGCAGCGCUGCGCACGAGCGCUGGAUUCGCUUAAGGCCGAGGAAGGAAAAGUCGGCGAGAUUGUUGAUGAAGGCCAAAUAGACGAUGCGCUCGACUCCGUGGAUUCUCUAGUCAGCGUCACGGCUGACUAUCUCGCCGACUCCGAUCAACAAGCGGAACACCUCGUAUGCUCCGCUAACACUGAAGGUAUCCAAGCCUCUGAAGCUGUGUGCGGUCAAGAUGGAGGACAAGCACCUCCACGCCUCAUCUGCCACCUGAAGCAGCAGGUGAAGGCGCAGCAGAAGGAACUCCAGCGACUCUCUCAGGUGGCCAAGCAGCAAGCCGAGGAGUUGGCCAUCUGGAGAUUAGCUUCCCAGCCCGACUCCGCUUCCGAGAAGGAUCAGACCCUUCCCGACCCGGGAGACCGCUCCGCACUGGUCAUCAGAGAAGACGAGGUGCUCCUCUCCUGUACCUCCAAGAGACUCCAAGGCCGCAUGCUGUCUACCAGCGUGCAACAGAACAACUCGGCAGAGCUGAGCCCCCUCCAUGCGCCCCCUGCAGCCAUCAACAAGGGUUCAGGAGAGGAACCCAAGCCGUCGGGUCCACGUUUAGCCCAACACAAAGCGGAGCAACAGUCCGAAUUUCUCCGCACGCCAGCCGUGCAAGGGGGUCAUCGACACGUCGCCACGGAUUCAUCCCGACGUCCCGAUGCCGCGUGGAGCAGCUGGGGAUCCACCAGCGACUCCUCGGCGACAAGCGUCGGCACUCAAACCGAGGGGGGUCACGCCGCCGCAGCAGCAGUAGCACCUGAGCGCCGCUGUGCGCACACACAGACGGAGGAUGAGGAGGACGAAGAGUUAGACAACGCUCCUCCGACCGCGCCCAGAGUUGAGACGUCGGAGGUGAGAGAGACAAGAGACAAAAUGCUCUUUUCCACUUCCUUCCCCAUCCCGGCGGACCCCGUGCGUCUGGCGGAGAGAAUACGACGAAACAGGACGCAGCUGUCUGCCGCUUUUGACGAUACCGAAUAUGAACCGUAUGGCCUCCCGGAAGUUGUUAUGAAAGGCUUUGCAGACAUCCCCACCGGGCCCUCGUGCCCCUACAUUGUGAGGAGGGGCUUGUUGGGGACGGUCGUCGUCCCUGUCACUCAGAAGGAGGCGAGUCCAGAGGACGAGACGGACUGAUAGGCGAGCACGCAGAUGCCUUCCAUGGACGACAUGGGCUUUUAAAGGGACACACACCUCCACCUCCACCUUGCACCUGGGAUGUCUUCAUCAUCAUUACGUAGCUUCACAGACACCACUUAUAAAUAUAUUUAUAUAUAUUUAGCAACGUACAUCACUAAACGCUAUUUAUGCUUUAUUAACUUUAUAUGAACUCAUGGCUGACUGAGUGAGUGGAUCGGUGCCUAGAUUUUUUUUUUUUUUUUUUUUUUUUUUAAAGAUGGCGAUAACGCCGUAAAGGCCAAAGUGAGCCUGUUGUUGUAAAAUGUGACAUUUGUGUUUAUUUCUGUGUAUCUUAUUUAUAGACAUUUGAUUGUGUUUUAGUGAAGGGCAGGUGUUUACAUAAACGCACCGUAUAUGAAAGCAUAGAGUGUAUGAAUGUGUGUGUGUGUGUGUGGGUAUGUUUUUAAACACAUCUACAUCUGGAUGUUGAUGUGUGUGUGUGUGAGUGGGUGUGGGGGAGUACCAGAGUGGGGGGCCGGUUUGUGUGACUAACCUGCGUUGCUUUCCGCUCCAUUUAUGGCGAUACGCUCUCCCGAACGCUGCUUCGCUUUUCCUGUCGUGUAAUGAUGAUGGCAUACUUGUCGGUUCGACCUGCUCGUCCUGAAAGUGAACACACUGUUUUAUUAGCCGACUACACACACACACACACACACACACACACAAGCUGCUUAAUAUCAUCAGAUAUGGCUAGCUUGUGUUUACGAUGCAUGGAACACGUCAAAGGAAAAGUGCACUUUUUUUUUUCCCGACAUCCAUAAUUCUUACGUGAAAUAUGACCGCGCAUCUUUCAUCUUUUCUGCGAAAAUACAGUAAACCUCUGAUAUAUCGGAUUCAAUUGUUCCCACUGGUUUUGUCCGAUAUAAGCGAAAUCCGUUAUAUGCGUAUACCGGAAAAUGUCCGUUUUACGCAUAUAUCGGAUUUAUAUCCGGUAUAUGCGUAAAUGGGAUUUUAUCCGUUAUAAAAAGGCACUUCCUUUCAAGAAAACAACCUAAAAGCGUCAUUUUUGACCCACUUAUCCCUUGUAUUAUGUUACGGGUCAAUUAGACCCGUUUCAGUUUUUGUGUUGACCAAAGUACUGGUUAUCCUUUCUUUUUCUUCAUGAAAUUUUGUGACUUUUCCUCAUCUAGGGUCAUGAACACAAAAACUGAAACGGGUCAAAUUGAUGCGUAACAUAAUACAAGGUUAACUAGCAUGAUUUGUUAACCCUUGUAUUAUGUUACGGGUCAAUUAGACCCGUUUCAGUUUUUGUGUUGACCAAAGUACUGGUUAUCCUUUCUUUUUCUUCAUGAAAUUUUGUGACUUUUCCUCAUCUAGGGUCAUUAACACAAAAACUGAAACAGGUCAAAUUGACCCGUAACAUAAUGCAAGGGUUAACUACCAUGAUGCUAGCAUGAUUUGUUAACAAAUCAUGCUAGUUAACCUUGUUAACCUUAACUGAAACGGGUCAAAUUGACCCGCAACAUAAUACAAGGGUUAAGGAAGAUUUCUUAAAAUGUCUUAAAAUGUAUAAAAAGUAAGUUAAAAAUGUGAAUGGUAUGAUAUCAAAAACAUGUUUUUUGAGGAAUACCUGGAAUAUGAAAUUAUAAAAAAAAUUAAAUUACAAAGAUAUGUCAAAAAAACAACCUGAAAGCGUCAUUUUUGACCCACUUAUGGAAGAUUUCUUAAAAUUUCUUAAAAUGUAUAAAAGGUAAAUUUAAAAAUGUGAAUGGCAUGAUAUCAAAAACGUGUUUUUUUAGGAAUACUUGGAAUAUGAAAUUAUAAAAAAAAUUAAAUUACAAAGAUAUGUCAAAAAAACAACCUGAAAGCGUCAUUUUUGACCCACUUAUGGAAGAUUUCUUAAAAUUUCUUAAAAUGUAUAAAAAGUAAGUUAAAAAUGUGAAUGGUAUGAUAUCAAAAACAUGUUUUUUGAGGAAUACCUGGAAUAUGAAAUUAUAAAAAAAAUUAAAUUACAAAGAUAUGUCAAAAAAACAACCUGAAAGCGUCAUUUUUGACCCACUUAUGGAAGAUUUCUUAAAAUUUCUUAAAAUGUAUAAAAAGUAAGUUAAAAAUGUGAAUGGUAUGAUAUCAAAAACAUGUUUUUUGAGGAAUACCUGGAAUAUGAAAUUAUAAAAAAAAUUAAAUUACAAAGAUAUGUCAAAAAAACAACCUGAAAGCAUCAUUUUUGACCCACUUAUGGAAGAUUUCUUAAAAUUUCUUAAAAUGUAUAAAAGGUAAAUUAAAAAUGUGAAUGGCAUGAUAUCAAAAACGUGUUUUUUUUAGGAAUAACUGGAAUAUGAAAUUAUUUUAAAAAAAAUUUAAACCUCGGAUAUAUCGGAUUCAAUUGUUCCCACUGGUUUUGUCCGAUAUAAUUUUAUUUAUAUUUUUUAUCUGUCCGUUGUGAGCGAAUUUCCGAUAUAUCCGAGGUUUACUGUAGUUCGAAAAGUGGUAGCUAAAAACACACGUAAUAGGACACGCUUACUUUGAAACAAAAACUCCGCGCCAAAACGCUAACAAGGUCGUAUUUAGCGUACAUCACCGACCUAUAUAUAUAAACCAAGCUAACCAUUUAUGACGGAUCGGAACGUGCUCGAUCCCAAACAAUCUGUACCGAUGUGGAAACGAGAACAACAUAUAAAAUAUUAGCCCGUGUUCUAUGUUUUGUUGGAUAUCAUGUGCUAUGUGGGCUGCACGGUGGUCGAGUGGUUAGCGCGUAGACCUAGCAGCUCGGAGACCCGAGUUCAAUUCCACUCUCAGACAUCUCUGUGUGUUCAAAUGAAAUUAAACCAUUACCAAAACGAUAUGCGUUCAAAAGAGU